CUUCUCGAUCCUUCCAUUCGAUUCGUCCCAUUCGCCUCCGCCGCGCCCGUCCCACGCACAAGCUGACAAGCACAAUCCCCCUUAAACCCUAGGCCAACCGGGCGAGCGGCGGACACCACCAAUGGACCCCGACGGCGUGGCGAGGGCGUUCGUGGACCACUACUACACGACGUUCGACACCAACCGGGCGGCGCUGGUGGGGCUCUACCAGGAGGGCUCCAUGCUCACCUUCGAGGGCGACAAGUACAUGGGCGCCGCCGCUAUUACGCAAAAGCUCACCUCCCUUCCGUUCGCUGCGUGCAAGCACCAGGUUACCACCGUCGACUGCCUGCCGUCCGGCCCCGCCGGCGGCAUGCUCGUCUUCGUCUCCGGCGCACUGCAGGUCGGCGAGGGCGAGCACCCCCUCAAGUUCUCCCAGAUGUUCCAUUUGAUGCCAGUUGGACCGGGGAAUUUCUACGUGCAGAACGACAUGUUCCGCCUGAACUAUGGCUAAGAGCCUCGUUCAGAAUUUUCGCGUAGUUUUUCUCCCUACCAUGGAAGUCUCAGAGAAUGUUUUGGAGAAACAAUCUAGCUUUGUUAUCAUGUCAGACAAUCUACUGGUUUAGUUUAGUUUCAGUGAUUUUGUGAUCCAUUGCAAGGAACUUUGGAUUCCAAUACGGAUCAGUACUUCAGAAUGCCAAUUUCCUUGUCUGACUUCGUUCACACUCUGCCAGUGGUGCCAGGUUUAUGAUGGGCGUUUCCAAAAAGUUUUAUCAGAUUUAUUCA